CGAGAAAAUGAAUGUCUUGUUGUGCCGACAAUUGGCUCAUCUGCACGGCCAAUGCAGCUGGCAGAAAAGAUGGGAAUCAAAGUCAGGAGAGGUCCUUCGCUGGCAUCCAUAUUCAUUCUGAUGAUCCUGCUCCACACAAAUAUAUGUAGAGCCACGUCAAGUACGAAGAACAAUCCUAGCAACAGCAGCUGCGAUGGCGACCAAGAUGAUUGCCUCAUUGGAGACAUAAAUUUGGAAGAGGAGUUUAUGAUGGCGUCUGAAACAAGCAGGAGGAUGCUGCUUAAUCCUGCAGAAGCUGUAACUGGGGGAGCUUCCUACCCUAAGUCAGCAGCUGUGCCUUGUGGACAAGGUCAGGCAUAUAGAGAUUGCCUCCCAGAAGGGAAUAACCAAAAUGGUAAACCGAAAGAACCAUGUGAUAGAUACAAGCGUACUUGCACCUGAUGCUUCAUAUGAGAUGACAUUUACCUCUCGCUUUAAUUGCUUCCCAUCAGCGAUUCCUUGGGAGAUUAGGGUUUCUUGGUUUGAUGAUAUCAGUUUGUUUAUUGUUAAAACAAUGUCGUUUGACAUGUGCAAUUUCAAUGUUCUUUUAUCGAGUAAAAUAAUCCUGGAAUCACUUUCAUAAAUUGUU